UCGGAGGAAUGCGUGCGGUGCGCUGCGCUGCCGUGCAGAACAGAAAGCCGCUGGAGAGCCGCGCGGACUCCUCUGCUCGUCUCUUGUGAGAUUUUGCAUUGUAGAAUUUGCAACGUAACGGUCCAAAUCUUGUGGUCCGUGCAGUAGUAGUUACUAGAAUUCACAGGUGCAGUGCCACUUGGACUUGCUGACAAAGCGGUGCACCGAAGCUCAGGGAGUUUGUACGGCGAUAUCCUUUAAUUUUUGAUUUUUUUUUUUUAAAUGUCCAGGCGAAGGAAUGUAAGAAGAAAAUGGACAACUGCUGACCUUUGUGUUCUAUUUUCCGAUUUAUAAAAAUCGUUGGCAUCCUUUAUUACAUCUAAUGUUUUAUUCAUGUCCUGUGUCAGUUUCUUGACAGGAGAGCACGUUUGGUCGCAAUUUUUGUUAAGACAUUAAACAAAACGGACGCUUAUUAUCUGCUAUUAGAAAUACGUACAAUAAGAAGUGCAGGAAACCAAAAGCGGAAAUACGGAAAGACUGGCAACGUAUAAAAGUUUAGCAGACAUCGCGCUGCACUCCCACCUCGGCAUACCUUAAAAAUAAAGUAUUAUUCUUUUUUAAUUCUGUUGAUCAAGAACACGCAAUGGUAGAAGGCUAUCAGCAGCGGUGGUCGACUCCUUUUAAUCUUCAUUGUCCUCCCUAAAAAGUUUCUUUUAAACUUCAGUGUUUUUUCUUGCUAUUUUUUAAAUCCACUGGGCACUUGUCACAACUGCCUUGCGAUUUGCGGUUUUUAAGUCUCCUCAUCUUUGUGGAUCGGACCUGCUGAAUUUUUUAUUUUUCAUUUCAUUUUGCCUCUUUUGGAAGAUUUCACAUUUUUUUGAAAAACGUUAUUAAGGGUCCCAAGAAUGGCUUCAGAGACCUGCAAGUCAUCAAACACCACAUUUCAAACGUCAUUCCUGCCUCCGGUUUAUGGAGUGGAGUUCUUUUUGGCCACGGCAGGCAACAGUUUGGCAAUCUGGCUCCUGUUAACCCGCGAGAGGCGUAACUGGCACACGGGUGUGGUGUUCUCCUUCAACUUAGCGGUCAGCGACUUGCUCUACGUCUUGUCCUUACCGCUGCUGGUGGUCUACUACACCCUGAACAAAAACUGGAUUUUCAGCGAGCCCCUCUGCAAAAUCGAGCGUUUCCUGUUCACAUGCAACUUGUACGCCAGCAUCUUUUUCAUCACCAGCAUCAGCCUGAAUCGCUACGUUGGGAUUGUGCACCCGCUGUUUGCUCACUCCGAAGUGCGCCCCCGGCACGCCAAACUGUGCAGCGUGCUGGUGUGGAUUAUGGUCAUAGGGAUAUCGGCUCCCACCAUUGUGUUCUCUCAGACGAAUACACCAAAGAGCAACUGCACCGAGUGUUUGGGCUCAGCCUCGGAUGCCAACCUGAAGACGUAUUUAACUUACAGCCUGUUUUUAGUGUUUUUUGGGUGCCUCCUGCCCUUCCUGCUGACCUUUGGAUCCUAUGUCUGUAUUUUAUGCGUAGUCUGGAAGAACGACAACAUCUCGAAAACGGAGAAGAGGAAAGUGGGCCUCAUGAUCCUGACGGUGAUUCUUCUCUACACCAUCUCAUUCAUUCCCUAUCACCUCCUCCGAAACAUCAACCUCUACCACCGAAUCAACAACAUUGGGCACACCUGGGUCUUCCAGGCCUAUCAAGUGACCAAGGGGCUCGUGACCCUGAAUAUGUGCAUCCACCCUCUUCUGUACGCCUCGGUCUUUGACAGCAUGCGCCACAUCUGCAGCUGCGUGAAGGAGGUGCUGAGCACUGACAGCAGGCCGGGCGGGCAAUCGUAAGGACUGCACGAGUUCAAAGCCCAGCCUGGGCAGCGCCCAUUGGCUCUGACUUUCAGUUUUGUAUUGUUUUGUGUUUGUAUGCCAGGUGAUUGGCGACUAUCUGCUAGAACAGUGCUUCCCAAUCUCGAUCCUGGGGACCCACUGUGGUUGCAGGUUUUUGUUCCAACCCGAUUCAUAAUCAGUGACAACACCUCAUAAC